AUGCCUCAGAUUUCCCCUCACACGGAUCCACCUCCUGAUGGGAAAGAAUCCCUCCUUGAAUAUGCGCACCACCAUCACAUCGCCGAAGACGCACUCACAACCCCCGCCAACGCACAUCUCAGCAAACACCUUCCCAGAAAACGAACUCGUUCCGAAUGCAAUCAAGAGCUUGAAGGCUAUCUCGAGGGAUACUCCAAAGGACCUGUCUUUUCACGUAAAAGUUUCGCUGACUCCGCGCAAGAUCCUAGCGACAUGAUCCACGGGAAAUUGAAACUUUCCGUGAGCAUAGAGGAGGGACGACUUCUAUCUACAGUCAUGCAGAACAAAGAGGUAGAGAUUGAUUGGAAUGCAGUCCUGCCGCCUCUUCGACAUGGCCGCUCUCCGAUUGUCGAGUAUCCGCUUCUCACGGAGGAACAAGAGAUACGCAUCUUCUCAAAGGCUCAACCGCUACUGGACAAUGAAAUGAUUGAUGGCCUUUGGGAUGAGACUGUCGCACUUCAUGAAGGAGACACGACCAAGAACUUGCAAGAGAUGGCUGAAAGCUCCACGACGGAGACCGUGGAGAAGCUGGAUUGCGGCACAGAGUCCCUCGCCUUGACUGCCGAGCUUCACCAAGAUUGCGUGCUGUCUCCGGAGGAGACUCAAUUGUGGUUUGAUAGCGUGGUUGAGAAGUACGACGAAGGAGUCCAUUGCUCAGAUGAUACACUUCAAAGGCCUGACCGAGCGGAGGAGGCAAGGUCCCCGUCGCCCAUGCAGCUUGUCCCUUUGCCGGGCUUGGGCAAUCUGUCUUCAUUCAUGUCAACAAGAGGAGUCACGACUUCCGCGGCACCAAACAGUCCAUACUCCGCCCAAGGAGAGCCGGUGAAGAAGCCUGACAAAGAUCAAUCACUCCAAACUGCACCUAAAUUUCCUGAGAUCAUUCUCAAUAUCACAACUCCACCAGUUACUCCCGGCCAAGACCCUACGGAAAAAUUCGUGUGCUUCCUCUCGACAGUCACCUUGAAAUGUCAUCUCUCACACGUCCGAAGUCUCGACAACCGCCAGAGUUGUCGGCUUAUCUACAGAGACUACGACUCAAGGACACAGCCAGAAGCCGACAUUAUCAUAUCGGCCAAAACAGGAAUCAUAUUGACCUCUGCUCAAUCACUGACCCAGAAAUAUCUUCCUGGGAGCAAAGGCUCACGACAAGACAUCGUGUCACCGAUUAUGGAGCGCAUCUACCUGACUGCACCCCGCUAUGAAACCGUGUACAUCUUCAUCUGCGUGCUUUCAGCCAAGGCAGAUAAACAGCUCCAAGAUGCUGUUACCUCGCUGUCAUCAUUCUGUGACUCCCUUUCUGAGGACUCAACCGUCAUCCCUAUGAUUGUAUCUGGAGCUGACGGGGCAGUGACGGGCUGGGUAGAGUACCUGAGUCACACUGAGCUCUCGCUGCUGUUGCCGGUGAUACAGUCAGUGGGGCAGUCCCAGACGCGAGAGGAAAUCACACUUCGUGAGUAUGGUCUGAAUCCCUUCGCUGCUUGUCUGGUACUAGGUAUGGGUAACACAUUAGAAAAGUUCAUUAAGAUGGGCGCUGAGAAGCGCCGGUGCCGAUUCGGAUAUCUGCUUGGCGAGCGAGUUCUACGGAGAGUCGGAGUGGCUAUUGAGAGAGAGGGCGCACCGAGGAAGAGUACUGAGAGAGUUGAUUAA